CCCCUCCACCGCACAUGCGUGUUGUGGCCUGUCAGUGACAGCUCAGCUGAUGCAGAUCUGCCCCGCCGAGCCGAGUGCUAGUACCACGAGUGUCGACACGCUGGGCCGUCUGCUUUGCGAACGAUUAUGGAUCGUGAAAUCGACGCUGCCAAGUCCUUCUGCGACAUGGUGAACGUGGAGUGGCCGACCAGCGAGUCAGUUUUUUGGUUUGAGGCUCCCGAGUCCACGGGGUGGCGUGUCACUCUUCAGCAGCCGCCACCUGUUAUGGAUGAAGAAAUCGGCUCCAUGCUGUGCAAGGCUUUCUUCUUGACGAGUUUGAGAAACAGAUUGUUGGCAGUGAGUACAGAAAAAGGGGUUGCUGUUUCAUCAUGUGCAGUCAAACAUGAACAUGGUGUUGUUUGGCCUAAAGCAGGUAUCAUGCAAGAAAAAAAGCUGUGGAUUCACCCAUCAUGCAGUGCCAAGGACGCCACUGUCCAGUUCACUAGUAUGGUGAAAAAUAUGUGGCGUGAGGAAUCACUUGCCGUGUGUAAUUUUCCUUUAUACAGUGACUUCAACCUUAAUGUAUUGUACACUUUUGGCCACCUCUUUGAAAAGGUGGGUCUUAUGCAUCCAAGUAGUACAUGCACUACAUUUCUUUUCUACAAAUUUCGUAGAUGGGAAUUAACUUAUGAACGAAUUGUCACUGAAAUUGGCAGGAGAAUGGUGGACAGUGAAACUCUGCUCGACUUGAGGCUUACUCUGAGGGAAGACGAAAAAAAUCUUCAUGGAAGUAUGUUUUACAGCUUUUGUUUGUAUAUGAAUUGUAUACACAUCAGGAAGCAAAUUUUGGACAUAAUUCAGAACAUAGAGCAACCUCAAAGAAUUGUAGCAGAGAAAGCAGUUCAGGACCACGACCGGAACCAAAGCCUUGGUCUAUGCUGCUCAGACUGUGAUUUAAAGAGGUGUUUGAAGAAACCUACUGAUGACGUUAGAAGAGAAAGUUUUAGUGAUAAACUCGACGACCACUGGCUAACAUUUACAGAGCCCUGUCCUCAUUUAGAGCUUGUGAAGAAAUCUGGCCGAUGUGUGCCUUUUAGUGAUGUUGAGGUCACUAAAUUUUGUUCCAAAGAACUUCUGUCUGACUGGCAACUCCUUUGUCAGAAAAUGAGAAGUUCAUUAAAACUGACUGAUAAAUGUCUGCGUCAAGGUACAUGUCUGGCACAUGGUUCAGAUGCAAUCUGCGCUUCACCAAAGAAAUACUCUUGGUCAACAUCAGAGCUGCAGGUGAAACGGUUGGAUUUUGGGAUGGAACUGUGGAUGAAUGUUGAACACCACAUGAAACAUCAAAGUCAAAGCCUUCAGUUGAUAAAAGGUGUUUUAGAAAAUGCGAGGGAAGGUGAAUGUCUUGAGAUUCGUGGCUUACCAUCACUCUCUGAAUUUAGUGUGAGCCUUAUCUAUGUUGUAGCCCAUAUGUUUGAAAAAGUGCGCUUCUACCACACAUCUGUUGGAAGAAAUGUGAUUUUCUUUUUCAACUUUAGAAGCUUUCCAAUUUAUCUUAAACAAGAAUUCCAAGAGUCUAUCAAUGACAUUAAACAUGUGAAAUCCUUGGUGCCAUUAAAGAAGAUCUUUUGUGGGGAGUUUUAUCAGAAGAUGACCAAUUACAAUAACUCAAGCCUUGUCAAGCAAUGUCUGUAUGUUACACAAUUUUUGUCUGAGCAUCAAAGAUAAUCAAUCUUUUCACUGUGAAGUUAA